AUGAAAAAGGGCACCCAGACACCGGGCACCCAGACACCACACCCGGGCACCAAGACACGCGGUGACGGAAGCGUUGCUGCGUCGGUGCCCGAGUCGAGCCCGAGUCGAGCCCCGAGUCGAGAGCGACUGAUUCGCAACGGCAGCAUGCCUUCGAUCGGCUCCAAUGACGUGCGCUCUCCCCAUCACACCCCUCCACGCUUGCCUCGUCCGCCUCGUCCGCCUCGUCCGCUGGCCAUCCACCAUCCAUCAGGACGAUUGGGCCUUGUGGCUGACUGCCCUGCGGCCUACGGAGAACUGUUCGUGCAGAUGCAUCGCCACAUGGCCGCCCACGCCUCGAUGCCGAGACCUCGCCGCUCGCUCGCCAUCCUUGGGCCCCGCUCGGCUGCCCGGGCAGGCGAUGCCGACGAGACCAGUUCGUACUCUGUCAUCCCCCUACCCGAGCGUCCCGGAUCCUGCCUCGGCAUCGACGCCAGAGUCAUGCGGGACAUGCGUCUCUUGACGGUGACAUUCUCCUUCAUGGCAUGCGUCAGGGCGACGCGGUCCAUCCCUGUCAUGGCGAGACACUCGAGCGCUCACGGCUCGCCACCAAGAUCCAACAGCCCUCGGGCCAAGACACUGUGCGGCACUUCCUUUCGAUUCGCCCUACGUCCAUCUACCUGUACGUGA